UUGAAUAAAACCAUGAAACAGGAGAGCAAGAUUCUCAAGUUCUUGGGCUUUAUGUGGAAUCCUCUGUCGUGGGUUAUGGAGUGCGCUGCUAUUAUGGCCAUUGUUUUGGCAAAUGGAGGGGGAAAGCCUCCGGAUUGGCAAGAUUUUGUGGGUAUCACUGUGUUGCUCAUUAUCAACUCAACCAUCAGUUUCAUUGAAGAAAACAAUGCAGGCAAUGCUGCAGCCGCUCUAAUGGCGGGUCUCGCUCCUAAAACCAAGGUCUUGAGAGAUGGAAAGUGGAGUGAGCAAGAGGCAGCUAUCCUUGUACCAGGAGAUGUGAUUAGCAUUAAAUUGGGAGAUAUUGUCCCAGCCGAUGCCCGUCUCCUGGAAGGAGAUCCUCUCAAGAUCGACCAGUCUGCCCUCACUGGUGAGUCCCUUCCCGUGACGAAGAACCCAGGUGAUGAGGUUUUCUCUGGUUCCACCUGCAAGCAAGGUGAAAUUGAGGCUGUGGUUAUUGCCACCGGUGUCCACACCUUCUUUGGCAAGGCCGCCCACCUUGUUGACAGCACCAACCAAGUUGGCCACUUCCAAAAGGUGUUGACCGCCAUUGGUAACUUCUGUAUCUGCUCCAUUGCUGUGGGUAUGCUUGUGGAGAUUGUGGUGAUGUACCCUAUCCAGCAACGGAAGUACAGAGAGGGGAUUGACAAUCUUCUGGUGCUUCUCAUUGGAGGAAUUCCAAUUGCCAUGCCAACAGUUUUAUCCGUGACAAUGGCUAUUGGAUCCCACCGGCUAUCAGAACAAGGCGCCAUCACCAAGAGGAUGACUGCUAUUGAAGAGAUGGCUGGCAUGGAUGUACUCUGCAGUGACAAGACCGGAACCCUCACCCUCAACAAGCUUACCGUGGACAAGACCCUCAUUGAGGUAUUCCCAAAGGACAUGGACAAGGACAGUGUUGUCUUGCUGGCCGCUAGGGCUUCUAGGGUUGAAAACCAGGACGCCAUUGAUGCUUCCAUUGUUGGAAUGUUGGGAGAUCCAAAGGAGGCAAGGGCAGGGAUCACAGAGGUCCAUUUCCUUCCCUUCAACCCAGUGGACAAGCGCACUGCUAUAACCUAUAUUGAUGCCAAUGGUGAUUGGCACAGAUGUAGCAAGGGUGCGCCUGAACAGAUAAUUGACCUUUGUGAGCUCAAAGGAGACGUAAAGGACAAGGCUCACUCCAUCAUUGACAAUUAUGCUGACCGCGGUCUACGUUCUUUGGCAGUUGCUCGACAGACCAUACCAGAGAAAACCAAGGAGAGUGCCGGCAAGCCAUGGGAGUUCGUUGGUCUUUUGCCUCUCUUUGAUCCUCCCAGGCAUGAUAGUGCAGAAACCAUCCGCAGGGCCCUCAACCUUGGUGUCAAUGUUAAAAUGAUCACUGGUGACCAGCUUGCCAUUGGUAAGGAGACUGGUCGUAGGCUUGGCAUGGGCACCAACAUGUAUCCCUCAUCCUCCCUCCUCGGCCAGAGCAAGGACGAGUCCAUUGCUACCAUCCCUGUUGAUGAGCUCAUUGAAAAGGCCGAUGGCUUUGCUGGAGUCUUCCCUGAGCACAAGUACGAAAUUGUUAAGAAGCUCCAAGAGAGAAAGCACAUUUGUGGAAUGACGGGAGAUGGUGUGAAUGAUGCCCCAGCACUGAAGAAGGCAGACAUUGGCAUUGCUGUGGCAGAUGCCACUGAUGCAGCCCGGAGCGCAUCAGAUAUAGUCCUGACAGAGCCAGGGCUGAGUGUGAUUGUUAGCGCUGUGUUGACAAGCAGAGCCAUCUUCCAGAGGAUGAAGAACUAUACCAUCUAUGCGGUUUCAAUCACAAUCCGUAUUGUGCUUGGUUUCAUGCUCAUCGCUCUUAUCUGGAAGUUUGACUUCUCACCUUUCAUGGUUCUGAUCAUCGCCAUUCUCAAUGAUGGAACCAUCAUGACCAUCUCUAAGGACAGGGUGAAGCCAUCACCUAUGCCCGACUCAUGGAAACUCAAGGAAAUCUUUGCCACUGGCAUUGUCCUUGGCACCUACCUUGCCCUUAUAACCGUCCUCUUCUUCUGGCUUAUUCAUGACACUGACUUCUUUUCGGACAAAUUUGGUGUUAGAUCAAUCAGGCAUAAUAGAGAUGAGGUGACCGCUGCUCUCUAUCUUCAAGUGAGUAUUGUGAGUCAAGCACUCAUCUUUGUUACCAGGUCGCAGAGCUGGUCCUUUGUUGAACGCCCUGGACUCUUGCUGGUCGGUGCCUUCAUUGCGGCCCAGCUGGUUGCCACAUGCAUAGCCGUGUAUCCAAGCUGGGGCUUUGCUCGGAUUGAAGGCAUUGGGUGGGGAUGGGCAGGAGCCAUAUGGCUCUUCAGCAUCAUCACCUACUUCCCUCUUGAUAUCCUCAAGUUCAUCAUUCGAUACGGAUUGAGUGGGAAGGCCUGGGAUAAUCUGCUCCAAAACAAGACUGCAUUCACCACAAAGAAGGAUUAUGGAAGGGGAGAGAGGGAGGCACAAUGGGCCUUGGCUCAACGUACACUGCAUGGUCUCCAGCCACCAGAGACUUCAAACUUGUUCAAUGACAACAGCAGCUACCGGGAGUUGUCUGAGAUUGCAGAGCAAGCUAAGAGACGGGCAGAAGUCGCAAGGCUCAGGGAGCUCCAUACACUCAAGGGCCAUGUUGAAUCAGUGGUGAAGCUGAAGGGACUGGACAUUGAAACCAUCCAACAACACUACACAGUUUAAAAAUGAUCAAGUUUGGAGUGUAGGUGAGGAAGAUAGAGGAUCAAGAGCAAAAAACAGAAACAAAACAUACAUAAAUGGGGCCCUGCGGAUGGGAAAAAAAUUAAUAAAAAAACUAGACUAUAUUUAUUUA